UCAGGUGACGUCUGACUGCUGCACAGCAUGUUGAGCGCGAGUGCAGUCUGCUAACUGGCAGUCACUUUGUCUCAUCGACACAUGAUCAUAGAUGGCCAAUCCUGUGAAAAUGUUAAGAGGAAACAAAGACAAAUCCAGCCACCCUGGCAAGAAGAGGUGGAACAGCAGGGCGCUGGGCCGUGCCAGAGCUAUGUUCGCGUACUUCAAAGACUACAAAUCUGCUACUCGGGGACCAGCAGUGAAGACCACCACACAACAAGAACCGCGGAGUGGCUCAGCAGCGACAACGGCUCAAGGUUCCAAAAAACCUGAGCCACAAACUUCCACCAAGACCCCUGUGCAACCUGAGGUCUCCGCGACAGCCUCAAAGCCUCGGAUCGCUAGCAAUGGCGAACGGGAGCAGACCCCCUCAACAUCCUCAGUUGUUGAACAUCUGAAAUCGUCUGAUAAAGCACAGAGCUCCCAUGCGUCCGAUGAGAACUCCUCCCCUCGGGAUGAGGAGCAGCAAAACUCGAUUCCACCAGAGGUGAACUCCACAACAUCUGAGGGCGAGCUUGAAGGCUCGUGUACGGAUCUGUGCGCCGCCGCAGUGGCCCUCAAAACUCUGCAGCAUAAAUCCUACCACCUUGCCCAAGAGAACGAGGAUUUGAUCGCUCAUCUCACACAUCUAAGGCUGCAAAUGGACAAGCAGCAGAAAGACAGCGAGUUAAAAUACGUAGAUGCCCUCAUGAAACAGCAUCUGUUUGAGAAAGCGCUGGAGAAGGAAGUUAUCAAACUGGCAAAGAUUCAGAGCAGAUUGGCCGUGGAGCUGGAGAAGAAUGCCCGACUGAGGGCUUCCUUGUUCCAGGCCACCAAUGAACUGGACAUUCAGAGGAUCCAGUGGGAGAGAGAAAGAGCUUCACUGCUCGAGAGUGUGAAAAUGUACCAGGAAACUAGAAGAAACAUCAGGGGAGCAAAUGAGGAGAGCGACUCGGAUUGCCUUAUCCAGAGCAGCGCGGAGGCAUUCAGCCAGGGUACGGCCAAGGACACCCUACAGGAUUCGGCGUUGGACACCAACACAAGUAGCACAGUGGUCAACACAGAAGAUACAAAACAGGUACCAAAGAACAUGAUAGAAGACUGUGGAGAGGAAACAAACACCAUCAUCAGUGAUCUGGGAAUAAACACCAACCUUGAUGCUGAAAACACGACUACAAAGAGGACGCCAUCACUGAAUUGACUGAGGAGUCGUUUGAAGAAAUCACAAACGAAACCUUUGGGGAACCCAAAGACGACAUCACUUGUGAAUCGGCUGGGGAGUCGAAAGAUGGCACAUUUGGAGGAGCCAAAAAGGC